CUUUCUGUAGAUAACAUUCUUUCUAAGGGGAGCGUCAAGUAUGAACUCUUUGAUUCUUCUGCCUAUAUUUUUCAUACUUCAAAUAUGCCACGCCUUUGUCUCGCCUGAUAUAUACUCCAUUACACAGCCCGCAGGUUCGAGUGCGGAUCCAGGAGAGAACAGUCAACCACUGACCGUACCUUCCCAAUCGAGACAUGCAGCUGGAGCGAACUCCGGGCUGAACAUAUUCCUACCAGACUAUCAAGCAGACCCAAAUUGGCUACCUCUUACACUAUCUCUCAAGACAGUCGGUUUGCAAGUGAAGGUCGUCGAAUCGCUGAACAUUUCUUCCCAAUGCCGGAAUUUGCUUAUCUACACGUCUCCAAGCGUGAGCUACAGCCCAAGCGCUGCGGAUGCUGAAACUUUGACUUCCUUUGUGGCUAGCGGUGGCAGAUUGAUAUUCAUGAACCAGGUUCCCGCCGCUCUUCAAGCUCUUGCAGGUGUAUCUGCAUCUACUGUAGACACGAGCGGUUCGAGAUCUAUUCUGCAGUUGAUGAACACUGAGACGCCCGUACAGGCUCUCCAAGGUUUCGACUUCACAGAGUACUAUGACACGAACAUGCCGUUUUAUGACAAUUACACUGAGAGCGGUCUUGUUAAUGUUGGCUACACGCCUACCAACGGUUCACAAACACUUGGCAAAUUUCUGGUUCGCAACAAUGGUGUGGACAGCGCAGAUACAUCUGCUACAAGUGCAGCAAUUGUAAAGCAUCAGCCUUCAGGUGCGAGCGGCUAUGUGUACAGCUUCGGAAUGGAUCUUGGGUAUCUGUAUAUCCAGGCUCAGAAUGAGGGCGGCGGAUACUCGCCAUGGUACGAUGGACAUUAUUAUCCCGGAUAUGACAUCGGGACACGCGUCAUCAAGAACAUCGUCACUACUAGUCCCAACUUUGUGAGCCUUUGGACGGUUCCAUACAAUAAAGGGCUCGCCUUCACCACUACUUGGGACAUCGACACCUACGUCUCGUAUCCGCACGGUCAGGGUAUGGCCGCCGCCGCACAGGAUAGAGGCGCCGCGGGCAAUUUGAACCUCCAUACCAAGUACAUCACCGAUGCCUAUGAGCGUGCAUACUUUCAGUAUGGCAUUCCAUACAUCUAUCAGAUCACCGGGUUCCGAGUGGCUCCUGACGGGUACCCAUAUAUCGACUUUGGCAGUCACACUGUCAGCCACUCACCGAAUGCAGCAGAGUUUCCCUAUGGCACUCUUCAGGAACAAUUUGUCCAAGGGAGCAAUGCAGGGUACGCGCCGUACAUUCACCAAUGCGGACCCAACCGUGACGGGACACCCAUCAAUGGAGAGGCAUGCACAAAAGGAGGCCCCAGUGGGCUCUCUUUCUAUACAUCGGGUGCUUCUGCAUCAGGAGAGGUCCGCGUGAGUGCCUAUUUGAUUCGACAUAUACUCCAGGAUGCCUUCAAAACCGACUACAAUCUGACUACCUAUCGUCCAGGAAACCUUGCGUGGAGCCAGUAUCAAGCCUCGCACUGCGUGGCAAACGGAAUCAUCGGUGGCUCUUCAUGCGCAGGCAAUUCUCACCUCACUCACCUUCCAUUUCAAGUCACGCAUAACCGCGAGUCGUUCCAGGAGCUCCCAUACUACGAGUUCCCACUCCAAUGGUCUGACGGUGACGGCAACAUGAGCAGUGCCAACUUUCCAGGCUCGGACUUCUCGAAUCAGAUCAUGUAUAUCAAGAAAAUGGCACGGUACGGCGGCCACUAUAACAUAUUGAUUCAUCCUUCGGACGCAGUGUUCGACAAGAUCCAGAUCCAACGCGCACUCCACGAUACAGUGCGUCCUUUUGCCGUCUUCUUCAACCAGACAGGAAUAGCCAACUGGUGGACAAAUCGGGACCGCGCGGUUGUGGACAUCACAGCAGCAGAUAAUUCGUCUGCGACGAUGGCGGUCCGCUUGGAUGGUCCUACAGAAGGGCUUACUCUGCAGGUACCUCGCAACUAUGCCAUACAGUCCGCCACAGGCUCUCUCUCAGUCUGCCAGCAACUUUCGUACGAUGAGACGACAAACGCAGUGGUACUGCGAAAUACGGCAAAGGGGCUCUACACGCUUACUUUCACCGUCGGUUCAAGCAACGCGUCUACCUCCACGUGCCCCGACUUCACGCCAAAACCGGUCGGAGACUCAGAAUGUAUUGCGUGGGACGUUAUGAUCGACGACUUUCUGGAGCUCUACUUUGGCGACAAUAACGUCAAUCUGCUUUUGUUGCAAACAGUUGCAACUGGACUAUCGUCGAACAACGUAGAUGGUACUUUGCAGCUCACCGCAACUACAAACAGUGGCGUCAACUCGUACUACACAGAGAUCUCUCGAUUCUGCUUUCACGCUACGCUUUACACACAUUUAUACUUUGACAUGGUCGCUCCUCCAGGAACCACUUUUUACGUGCAACUUGUCUCGUACGAUUCCGCUUGCACCGUUGAAGAGCCAAGUACUACGUACUUGGACGUAACCAGAUACGCCGCUGCCGAUGGAUCGAACCAUACUGUCACCAUACCCUUAUCAGACUUCCAGGGACAGAAUAUGCUUCAUGUUCGCGGUAUACGUAUCGGCAACAUCUCGCCAGCCCAGACACCCAUCUACGUCGAUAAUAUCAAAAUUCAGAAGCGAUGUGUGACAGCCCCAGGGGAAGACAGGACUCAGGGUCUUGCAAUUGAGUCAUUCCAGAAUGUUGAUCGGUGGAUCACUGGUAUCAACAAUAUAUUCGGCCAGACUGAUUACAACAAUUCUAUGACGUUUGCAAAGCUCUCGGAGCUGGGCAGAAUGCAGUUGUUGCCGUCGAGCGCAGACUCGUACUUUUAUUCCAACACUGCUGUCAAUGGAGUCAACUUGAACGCUACCGCGUACAACGCAGUCUCUCUCAAUGCACGUGGCCCGUCCGGUGGCUCUUUCGACGUUGUCGUGAACUCGGGUGCCGAUACUACUUCCACCGUCAACACUAGGUCUUAUGCCACCUUAAGUCAGGACAACUUCGCAAACAUCACAAUCCCUCUUUCGGCAUUCUCAGGACUCGACACUGACUCCGUCAGCCGCAUCACACUACGCAACUUCACACCUAACGGUGGUCCUGCUGCUAGCAACUUCACGGUGCGAUGGAUUUCUCUUCUGGGCGGAUCGUCCUUAGGUGGCGCCGGUUCACGUUGCACAACUGCCUCUGGUUAUGUUGUGCUGGACUUCUGCGAUCCGACUGAGUUCGAAACGCAGACCAACGCUCUGGGCGCUCUUUUCUCAGACGACAAUACGAUGCAAUCCUACGAGCAGGUUGGCAGUGGGUCCAUCGAACUCGUCCCUCGUGAUGCCACAUCUUACUUCUACUCGUUGCUUGCAAAACCAUCCGGCUGCGCAGCGGUGAACAGUUCUUACGACGCGAUUGCACUCACUAUCUCAGGCCCACAAGGCGCAACUGCCGAUAUUGGGUUCAAAUAUGGUGGUAAUAGCUGCAACACUAACGUAGUCACGUCUUACUUUCCAGUCACCUUCAACGCCGCGCCGACACAAAUCACGGUUCCCUUCUCUCGGUUUCCAGCUGGCUUCAACCAAGACUACCUGCAGUCAUUUGUCAUGACCAACUUCAAUUCUCCCGGCUCAAUCUAUCGUGUUUACUCCUUGGCCUUCACAGGACCGGCUGAUAGCCCUGGUUGCGCGCUCUGCUCAGGCACCAUCCUAAACACUUGCACAUUCGUACCCGAAAUCCCGCGGACGAAUCGACUCAUUGGCCAGAUGACUGAUGAGGGAUCUCUUGCUUCAUACUCCGUCAGUGACGACGGCUCACUCAGUCUGGGUACUGGCAACGAUGCGUACUGGUACUCUCAAUUUGGUUCCAGCACGUGCUACAAUGCAAACACGGUAAAUGCGACCGGUAUUCAACUCUCCAUCGCGGCUCCCGCAGAUACUACUUUCCAGGUCUCGAUGCGCUGGAAGACGGAUGAUGAGUGUACUACGACGUCGCCUCCGUCCUCUGUCGCCAUCACUUCAUACGUGACUUUUACCGGCGCUGAUUCGUACCAAGUUGCACAAAUUCCCUUCUCCGAUUUCCCGGAAAUGAACUCUAGCAGACUCAACAGCGUCGCAAUCUCGACUUUCAGCCCCUUUGGUGUGGAUAUCAAGGUUGGCUGCAUCAGUUUGAUAUCCAUCGCUGCCACGCCCUCGCCUCAGACGUGCACCUGCCCUGAUACCGCGUGGUUGAACUACUGCACUUCGGGAACCGCGAGCCGCAAUGCUAAUGGCAAUGUGCAAAGCGACGACGGAACCAUGGAUACUGCACCAGUCAUCACCGACGGUGCUUUGGUUCUGCAACCCACUCUAUCUGGAUCUUACUGGUACUCGCUCCAAAACUGCGCUGACGUUUCCGCGUCUGAGUUCCUUUAUCUCAAUGUCACAGCAAAGGCGGGCGCGAGUUUCAAUGUGCAACUGCAGAGUGGUGGUAACUACUGUGCUGGCUCUACACCGAUCCAGAGAGCCAGUGUGGCGAGCGCUGCGUAUGGUAGUAUGAAUGGUAGUCCUGUUGUUCUGCGUAUUCCACUUUCGACUUACACGUCGAUGAACAACAGCGCUUUCUCUCUGAAGGCUAUUGAUGCGGUCGUUCUGGAAGGCUUCAGCGCUGAGACUUCCACGUAUCUUAUCCAUUGUGCAUACUUUAGCAGUGGUGCGACGAACAGCACUGCUGCGUAGACAGGUCCCAAGGGUACUAUUAGAUUCUCUUAGAACAAUAGAAAGGUACAUCGGGAAAAGUUUUUUGAAAUCCAGCCCAGACUG